GGAGCAACGAACGCUGAACUCGUAGAAAAUCUGGCACAAAAUGCCAUAUUAUCAAGCAAGCGUGUCUAUGAAGCCAUGAAAGCCGUAGACAGACGAGAUUACAGCCGUCAGUAUCCAUACGAAGACUCUCCGCAGUCGAUUGGCUACGGAGCCACUAUUUCGGCGCCCCACAUGCAUGCAUAUGCAUUGGAGAAUCUUCAGGGUUAUUUAAAGCCGGGAAUGCGAGCCUUGGACGUGGGAUCAGGAUCAGGUUAUUUGACGGCUUGCAUGGCUAAAAUGGUCGGAAAGGAAGGCCGAGUAGUUGGCAUCGAUCAUAUCGAUGGAUUAGUGGAAGCAUCGAUUCGUAACGUCUCCAAAAACGACAAGGAACUGCUUGACAAUGGCAAUAUCAAGCUCGUUGUCGGCGAUGGCAGAGAAGGCUAUGUUGAAGAUGCACCUUAUGAUUGCAUACAUGUCGGUGCGGCUGCUGCAGGGCGUCCGGAAAAGCUUUUAAGCCAAUUAAAGGCACCUGGAAGAUUAUUUGCGCCGGUGGGCGAAAGCCAACAAUCGAUCAUGGUAUAUGAUAAGAAGGAAGACGGAACUAUUGCCGAAAAGAAAUGGUUAAGCGUCAUGUAUGUUCCGCUGACAGAUCCGGAAUUCCAAUUGACAAGGGGAUUGUGAAAAAGUGAUCUCGAGAUUAUCCAGAGGCAAUAAAAAUCGACAAUCUAUGAUGAAAUUAGACGCGCUGGAUAGUUGAGUAGAAGAGGUCAUUAAAAGGAAUGGACUAACGGAUGGACA